GAUAAUUUCAUCAACCUGAGCUUCCUCCGCCUCUUCCGGGCCGCGCGGCUUAUCAAACUUCUCCGUCAGGGCUACACCAUACGGAUUCUGCUCUGGACUUUUGUCCAGUCUUUUAAGGCCUUGCCCUAUGUGUGCCUCCUCAUUGCCAUGCUGUUCUUCAUCUAUGCCAUCAUUGGCAUGCAGGUCUUUGGAAACAUUGCUCUGGAUGACGACAGCGCCAUUAAUCGUCACAAUAACUUCCAAACUUUUCUGCAGGCACUAAUGUUGCUUUUUCGGAGCGCUACUGGAGAAGCCUGGCAUGAAAUCAUGCUUGCGUGCCUCAGCCACCAGCCCUGUGACGAGCACUCGAACCUCAGCAGAAACGAAUGUGGCAGUGACUUCGCUUACUUCUACUUUGUCUCCUUCAUCUUCCUCUGCUCCUUUCUGAUGUUGAACCUAUUU